AUGCAGAACAUCUUGGAUAAGGCGUACGACAAGUAUGCCCUAACUAGUUCUGCACCAACCAACACACACACGGAUUUAUUAUGCGACCCAGACCUGGUGGAAGACUACAAAGAUAUAAUGAAGACGAUUCCCAAAAGAAUGGGACAAGACGAGGAAAACAACAGCGUCAACGGCAGCGUGGUGAUUAAUGGCGGAAGCGUUUCCAGCUCUCCACAGAAAGAUGCCAAAACUGACAAGCAAGCACUUCUUUUCACUACAUCUUCAUUGAAAAUUGAUGAAACCCAUACCGAGCAUAAAAAUACUACAGAAACGUCAAAUUUCGACACAGACUACGAAUACAGUGAUUCUGAAUUUGAAGAAGACAUGGAAAAUAGACUCCAGGACCUCAGAUCGAGCGCUAAACAGGGCCCAAACACUGCACUUUUCGCAGACGAGAAAGACGCAGAUCAAGUGCAAGGUCCAUCACCUUCUACGACAGACAGCUCAUCUGGGUCCUCUUCCUCUGAGGAAGACGAAGAAGACGAUGACCUGACCACAGCAGUCACAAGCAUCAGGCCCUAUAGAAAUCCCAACGACGACGACGACGACGACGACGACGACGACGACGACGACGACGACGACGACGACGACGACGACGACGACGACGACGACGACGACGAUGACGACGACGAUGACGAAAUGGAGCAGGACUUCCAGCCGCUUGCUCCGCCCGAGGAAAUCGACCCCAGUAAAUUGUACGCCCUAUAUCCAUUCCAAGGCCCUGAUCCAUCCCAUUGCCAGCUCUACCAGGACCAAGCAUGUAUGCUGCUUAAUGACCAGGACUCGUACUGGUGGCUCGUCAAACGCUGCGAUGACGGCAAAAUUGGGUUUGCUCCAGCCGAAAUACUCGAGACGUUUCCUGAACGGCUCGCCAGGCUCAACUGCUGGAAAAACGAGAAUAUGUCCGGCCAAUCAGUCGACAGUGGCAAUACUAGAGCUCUCAAAGGAGCAGAGCGUACCAGCGAUGAUGAGGCCAGCCCCACUCCCUUGCUACCUUACGCGAAAAAUGGCAAAUCUGUGAGUUUCAACGACGUGGUUAGCUACGCUGAGAGACAUUUGCACGAAGCCGAGUCCGAUGAAAGCUCUUCUGAACUUGAAGGGCCUGAUGAUACGGACAAAGAGGGGUCAGACCGUAACAAGAGUGUCGAUACCGUGGGGGAAAUUUACGAAGCCGCUUUACAUGCUGACGAUGACGACGACGAAGAUGACGACGCCAGCGUAGCGGUUAGCGACGUUUCUUUCAAUACGGGCAGCGCCUUGCCUCUCAAUGUCAAGAAGGUAAGAAAGUCGGGGCCAGAAGUCGAAACUGAAGAAAAUAAGCCCUCCGAGCGACAAACCACAGAGACACCAGAGCUGGAUACUCCCAUGUCUCUAUUGGCACCAGAAAGGAAGGCAGCAGUUCCUUCUGCGGCUGCAGACGACGGUCUCCAGCAAACUUUCAAAGCACCCAUCAUACCUUUUGCAGGGCAUAAGGAUAUGCCGAACUCAAACUCGAAUUACUCUAUAUCGACGAUAGGAGAAUAUUCACCGUCAUCUUCGGAGUGGACGAACGACUCUCCACAAGUCAACAACGGCACUUUUGACACAGAAGUCAUUGCUGCCGAAAGUAUUCCUUCUUCGAGGGCCAUCAAAGACAUUUCCAAGCUUGUCAAUCUUGAAAAACCUGACGCCAAGCUUGGAGAUAGUGUGAAGGAGAAGGAGGCACCAGGAAAAUUAGCACAACCAAAACCAGAGGAUACGGAAACGGACACUGGUCCUACAAAUGAUGCUUCGACACCCCAGGAUGGUCAUUUGAAACCUGCAUCUUUCAGUCGUCCAGCUCCAUCUGGUGACUACCCUCUCGUACCAAGGAAUACGCAUCGCGAGAGUACUUCGGCAUCUUCAGACGAUUCUUGCAUAGACGAAGGACGAGGUACUUCGACGACCACCAUCAAUAGCGCUUUUUCGAUCAGUGAGGCAAAAUAUCAAUAUAGCCACCACCCGAUUGUACACGAGCUUUACAACCCGCUGUUUGGUAAAAUCGACGACCUGCUUGAUAAACUAAACAGCGUCAUGCAUGAAUAG